GACUCAGAUGAAUGCUAAUGUUUAUUACUAACAUGACCAAAAUCCAUAUCAUCCUUGUUGUUGUCUUGGUGAUCAUCGUCUCCAUCAACAACAUCAUCAAAUUCAAACGAAUACAAUCAACAGCCUUGAGCAGAAAAUGUCUGCUCAAAAUCGCCAAUUUUCUUUUUUUCUGCACAAAAUGUUUGAUAAUCUCGUUGUGGAUGUGAUUUUGCACAAUAUUUUGAUAUCAUCGCCAUCAUUAUCAUUAUUGAAAUCGUCAAUGACAACGGCAUUCACACUUGAUGAACAUUUAGCAAAAAUGGUUCGAUUUUUGUUUUUUAGGAAAAUUCUAGAUUUUUUAAAAAGAAAAUUCACCGCCGUGCAGGAUUAUCGAACCACAGAAAACAAAGUGGAUGGGGAAUUUCCAGCCAAAAUUGAAUUGUACUUUUCAAUGAUUUAUGCUGUUGUUUGGUGAUGCUCUUUACCUUUAUCAAAUUGACAAUUGUUUUGUAAUUGAAAAUCAUUUUAUUUGCUUUUUGCGCGUGUGUGUGUGUGACAAAUAUUAAGAUAGAUAGAUUCAAUCAAUCAAUCAUCAAGUGAAAAUAAAUUUAUUAUAUGAAAAUG